UUUUGGAUUCUUAUGAAAACUCAGACAAACUCUCACAUUUAUAAACAUCUCUUCACACAAUUUUUUUCUGCAUCAAUCCAAUCUCUCUGUCACUUUCUCUCUCUAAACAAGAAUCAAUACAAUAAUUCAUCAUCAUCAGAAGAAGCAGGCAGCCCUUUAAUCCUCACUAGCCUCUUCUUAUUCUUUGACGAGAUUUCUCGAAAUUCCGGUUUGAUUUGUUCAGAAUUUUUGGAACCCUUUAUUUUGAUUCUUGUUUAAACGUUGAGAGGUUGAAUUUUUUGAGGGGUGAAAAGUAAGGAAUCAAGGAAGAAGGGAUGACUACCACCAUGAACAGCGAAAGCAGCAAUAACAGCAGCACCCCGGCCGCUGGUACGGUGAUGACGUCAUCCAAGCAGCCAGUGCAAUCUGCAAAGAACGUUGAUACUCAAUCUGUUCUCAAGAGGUUGCAAUCUGAGCUGAUGGCCUUGAUGAUGAGUGGCGAUUCCAUAAUCAAAUUUUGCUGUCCUAGGGCUUUGUAUGCUGCUUGUUUAAUUCAUUGGUUAUUUGUAUUGGUGAUCUCGUGACCAAAAAGAUCGUUUGACUUUGAAUAAAUAAGUUUGGAAUUCGGAACCCUCCAGCAGAGUUGUGGUGAUGUAAUUGCAGGUCAUGCUGCAAUCCCAAAUCUUUCCAGGCCAUAUAGAAAAUGUUGUAAUUUUCAACAAUCGUUAAUGGAUUCUCCAGUGUUUUAGAUUCCACCUAAUGGUUAUUAUUAUCUAUUUGAUGACAAUAGGAAAUGACGUUUGCACCCCCUCCUCUUGAUAUAAAUGAAAGAAAAAGUCAAAUAUUACC